AUGGACAAACUCUCAGAGAAGCGGCGACAAGACGAUGGCGAUGAGGAAGACGACUACAUGUCCAUGGCCUUUCUAGAGGAGCCGCAAACUAAAAAGGAGACACUAACACAGAAGAAGCUCCGAAAGCAGCGAGAGGCAGAAGCACGGGCACGGGUUCCUUCAAAAGCCGAACUGGCGGCCGCAGAAGCUGCACGACGUGACGCCGCGCUCUCAACAAGUACAAUUGAUGCUUCCAACAAAGGGUUUAAGAUGAUGGCGAAACUGGGCUAUAAACCCGGCAGCGCACUUGGCAGGCAGGCUCCAAGCGGAUCCGAACGUGACGAGCCGGAUCAACGGCUAAGGGAACCUCUGUGGGUAUCGGCAAAGGAGGAUCGAGGCGGAAUAGGGCUCGACUCGGAGAAGAAGCGGAAAUUGCGCGAGGAGCUAGAAGGGGAAACCAAACGAGUCAAGGCGGUUGAGAGUGAUUUCGUGGAACGCGUGAGAGCCGAGAGGGAAGAGAAGAGGCAGGAGGGACAGUUCUAUGCCGCCCAGAAGGUUAUUGAGCGUCUGGACAGCGAGCACGAGGAAGACAGGGUCUGUGAAACAAACGGACAAGGCGGGGUAGAAGGCGGAAAGCAGGAGGGCAACAGAGACACGCCGGUUUCUAAAGACCGGCCCAAGGCUCGGGUCAAUAUCCUCUACCGCGGGCUGGUGAGGGACCGAGAGGCAGCACUACAGGAGAAACAGGCUGCGCGUCGUCGAUAUGAGUCUCUGUCUUCGCGGGACCAUUCCCAGAUAUAUUCUGAGAAAGACCCGAAGUUACCAUCGAUGGCUGACGACGAGCUGGAAGUCAACGAUAAACUGGCUCUGGGCCGUACGGCUGAAGGCGAGAUAGUGGAAGUGGAAGCAGACGAGGAGGAAGACGAAGAACUGGAGGCGUUCAAUGCCCUCAGCGUCCAGGAACGGUUGUCCCGUGCCGUGGCGUAUCUACGGAAUCAGUAUAACUACUGCUUCUGGUGCAAGUAUCGGUAUGAAUCUGCGGACAUGGAGGGCUGUCCGGGCCUGACAGAAGAAGACCACGAUUGA